AUGGGAACGAUUAGUCAUCCAACAACUUAUAAGCAAAAACAUAAUAAAAUUAAUGCAACGAAUACAAAUGAAACUCAUUGUUUUACGAAUGUUAGCGACCAUAUGGAAUGGAAAGAUAGUAUUGAAUAUGGUAAUGUGCAUAAUACUAAAAUGAAAGAAAAGUCAGUAGACGAAAAAAAAAUAUCUCAAAAAUUUACACAAUUAUCUAUCACAACAAAUACUGAACAGCCACUAACAGUUCAAGAUAUUAUAGGUGAAAUCGAUAAAAUCCCAAACUUUUUAUCAAAACGAAGUAAACCUUUCAAAGCUAUCAUCAAUGAAGUUUUAUCAACAACAGCCAUAAUAAGAACAAAUGAAAUGAUAGAGCAAUUACGUCAAAUAGGCAUUUUCACAUAUAAAAAAAUAUUUAUUCGAAUUCAUCAUGGUUUAUGGUUCAGUUAUUUCAAAGCAGGCACGGGUCAAUUGAUUAGUCAAGUGGAAGGACAAUUAGAUUAUUCAACAAAUUUACCCAUAUGGCCAAAAGAAAUCAAUGCAUUAGUACAAAAACCAACACAUAUAAAUAAUAAAAAUGAAAAUGAUUUUUAUAUGAAUUUUAUUAAUGAUCGUUUACGUGUACUUGAUAAUAAAUUAAAAGAAUAUGAAUAUGAAUUAAUUAAGAGAAUCAAUAGUAUUUCUGGCUAUUCAUUACAAGUACAACAUUUAAUUGAAACAUAUGUUGAACAAAACCUAUCUACACUACGUUUGGAAAUAGAACAUAAAAUUCAACUUAUUCAUUAUGAUUAUCAUAUUCAAGCAUUAAAAUUAGAAUAUUAUCGUCAUCAUCCAAAUGAAUAUCAAAAACGAAUAAUGAAACAACUUUGUUGUAGUAAAUAUGAACAAGAACUUACAAAACAAGAAUUCGAUUUACUUCAACAAAAAAUUAAUUAUUAUAAUUCACCGUGUCAAUCAUUUGAAUGUUCAUCUAUAUCACAAUCAGAAUUAAUUGAUU